GCACCCAUCCCUGUUUAAACGGUCCCACGGCAGGCUGGCAGGUUCAGAGUGUACUCGGCACCGGCCUCCGGGACGCGUCUCACUCUCCAUCCGGGAUGGAGAAAGACGCCUCAGCGCCGGACCCAUCCCGGCAGUGCAACGGGUUCUCGGGCGUGCUGUACGGAGAGUUCACCGACACUCUCAACGACGGGGUGCGCUACUCGGUGAGCCUGACGGAGAGCGCCCUGACCAUCCAGAGGAUCUCCUCGUCUCCCGACCGGACGAAGGUGGUGUUUAACUUGAGCGACUGCAUCGGCUGUCGGGCGUAUAAAGGGCCGGACAGCGCGGACAUCGGCGCUUACUUCGCGGCUUAUUUCUACCCGUUCAAGAGGCGCUGGAUGAGCACCGGAGUGGCCCGGCAGAGGGUGGAGCAGUGCUUUCGGGUCGCUCUGGCGCAGGACCCGCUCGUCAACCUCCGGGAGGCUGAAAGAUGGGCUCAUGCCAUCAGAGAUGCCUCGGUGCUGCAGGCUCCUCGGAGAGACGGUGUGAUGUACACGGAGCUGAGGAGACCUUGCAGAACCAUGAUCCUGGUGAACCCCCACAGCGGACGGGGACAGGCUCUCCAGCUGUUCACUGGCCACAUACAGGCCAUGCUCACUGAGGCCUCCGUUCCCUACACGCUCGUCAUCACAGAGCACCAGAACCACGCGCGGGAGCUGGUGAGGAACGCCGACCUGACGCAGUGGGACGCGCUGGUCAUCAUGUCUGGUGACGGGCUGCUGUUUGAGGUGAUAAAUGGUCUGAUGGAGCGGGAAGACUGGCAACAGGCCAUCCAGACUCCUCUAGGGAUGCUACCAGGUGGCUCUGGCAAUGCCCUGGCCGCAUCCAUCCACCACUACUCGCAAUCGCCUCCUGCCUGGAAUGAGGAGCUGCUCCUGAGCUGUGGCUUCAUGCUGUGCAAAGGUCUGGUUGGUUCUCUUGACUUGGUGUCGGUCCAUUUGGCCUCCAGUCAGCGCCUCUUCUCCUUCCUCUCUUUGGCUUGGGGCUUUGUGGCAGAUGUGGAUAUCGAGAGCGAGAAGUACCGUCAUGUUGGGGCUAUCCGCUUCCUAAUGGGCACCCUGGUGCGUCUGGCCUCACUCAGAGUAUAUCAGGGCAGGUUAGCAUACCUGCCAGCUAAAGAGAUACCAAAACCUCCAAACGAAAGGGCGAAGGCGACCCGUCCUCCUUUCACACCUCAGCAGCCAUCUCUCUGUUCGUCCCUUCCUUGUCAUCUCGUUCCCAAAGCUUCACCAAAGCAGAGCUCUCUGAAAAACUGCGUCGAUACGAACCUGAACCAAAACUCCAUCACCAACUCCUCCAACGUCAUCACUAAUAUGAGGCCCGAGACGCAUGGCAACAAUAAGACUACGUCACCUACAGAUUCUCUCCUCCCCAGCCUGUGCCAGCCGGUCCCUGAAAACUGGACGGUGGUCAAUGAGGAAGACUUUGUUCUUGUGCUGGCUAUUUGCCAUUCCCACCUAGCAGAGGAUCUGUGGACAGUGCCGGGAGCGAUGGCGGAUGACGGGCUGAUUCAUCUGUUUUACGUGACGGCGGGAAUAUCCCGGCCCGCGCUCCUGCGUCUUUUUCUCGCCAUGGAGAGGGGUUCCCAUUUAGCGUACGGUUGCCCCCACCUUGUGUACGAAAAGGUGAGGGCCCUGCGGUUAGAGCCCAUCUCACAACAGGGCAUGAUCACCGUGGACGGAGAGGUGGUGGAAUACGGCCCCAUCCAGGCUCAGGUCCACCCCAGAAUGGCUAGGCUUAUAUGCGGAUGAACUUGUGCUUUACUUUAUAGCUCUAGUUUGGCCUUUUAUACUUAUUGUCAGAUUCUUUAUGUGUGCUGUCUUCUCAGAAGUGCCAAAGACAAUUAAUCACCCAUUGGAAAUUCCUUUAUUUUUCUACAGACAACCUGUCCUCUUUUUUAUGGACUUCUCGUUCUCUCUCAGUGUUAGAUUCAGGGUCAAAGCCAUGGAGGAUUGCUCUUACUUCUGGCUGGUCCAGGCUUAGAGAAAUGAGAUGGAAAUGUAUGUGCACAAAAAAAAGAAGCCAGAUCUUUAUGCAUUUUUGUGCAUACCCAAAUGUGUGUAUAUGCGGGACUCUGCAUGAGGGGCUUUGGCAGUACAGUGGCAGCACAUUGCACUCUGCUUGUCGAACCUUAUAAGCAUGGCACAUGUGAAGAGAAGCACGUUUUUCUUUCCCCGGGAGACUCCUGGAGAAAACCCGCCUCUUGCCCCGCUGUACCACUACAGGCCCUCAAUCCCCUCGCCCUGGCCGCCGUCACCACCCUGACAACACUGCCUGCCCUUCAGCUUUGUAAGAAAAUUGAGGAGAUAUAAUCCCCCUGGGGAUUUAGCUUUGACAGAUCUUUAAUCUUUGCUUAGUUUACAUGAAAAGAAACUUUAGAUUUGCUCAUGUUAGAGCCCCACCUUUUCCUUCCUGCCAAACAGAUUUUACCAGCUUACGCUACACCUUUACCACCGUCUUCUCCAUUUCCCAUACCGUUUCAUCUCCAACCAUCAUUAAGCUGUAGGAAUCGCCUCCACUCACACACUUUCUUCUCCCCAUCCCUCCCACCCCCCCACCUCUUCUUAUCCUCAGAUCCUCACAUACACACACAUUCCCUCGCAUCUCUACAGCACUUAGCGAGGGGGAGGGGCGCGAUCUGCUACUGUGCAUACGAUCCCCUCUCUUUAAGAUUGUACUCUCGCUCCCCACCAGUGGUUAACGAACCAUCAGCACCUAAUGUGUCCUUAAUAUGAGGGUUUGCAUCGGCUAACGCACACUAAAUAGAAAGUCGCCGUUUUUUAGGCACGUGAAAGCUCUUAGGUGUGUUUUCAAGUGGAUAUUAGGUUGGUCAAAGCACACUCGAGUGGAUAAAGUGCAGUUCCAGACGGGCCCUGUUAGAGUUGCAUAUCGAGAGGCGUGUGAUUGAUGGAAGCCGGAGGGCGGCAGGUGUUUUGCUCCUCGGUGGCCGUCGGUGCUGUGGAGCAAUUAGUGCACUGGAGCGGACCAGAGUGCAAAUGUUAGCAUUAUCAUCAUGACCCCCCACCUUCCCCUCUUCACCCCCCAUCCUCCUUCGCGCUCACACUCACACACCAGUUUACCUCAAGCAGAUGCACAACUGUGCAUCUGCAGCGUGUGCAGUUGAGGUGUGUCAGACCAUUUUAGCAGGUCGUCCUUUAACUGUUAUAUUCUCAAAAUAAAAUACUGGUCAAACUGAUGACAAUAAAGUCCUUUCCUAUGCUGACAGGAAAGAAAAUAUGACACUUUUGACUGUUCACUGGCUAGCGGGGGAACCAUAAAGUGCUGAUUUGUAAAAAAGUUUUAGGGCAUCUGUCAUUUUGAGUACGAAAAAGGUGAUGCAGUCAGCUGGUAGUGCACUUAAAUCUUCACCUGUUUUCAUCUGUAGCUGGUGGAAGACAAAAUACUCAUAAGGGACUGCCAGCUGGAGAAGUUGGUAAGGUCUUGCUAACUGCUGUGUCUGUUCAUACAGUAAAGAAUUUAUAUGCCUUGGACUUUUUCACAUUACAGUCCAAAAACUUUGAAGCAUUUCUUUUAACAUGAUUGAAAGGAGAGCAUAAUUGUAAAGUGGAUGGAAAAGGAUGCACGGUUUUCAGUUUGCUUUACAAAUAUAUUUUUGGCAUACGCUUGUGUUUUGUAAAUACCACACUUUGGUAUUUACAAAACAUUGUUGUAAAUACCAAAAAAAAGAAAAAUUUUGCCAUUUUGCAGUACGUCUCCACUAGUUUUACACAUCUAAGGAAUUGGGGGUUGUGUGUUUAGAGUGAUGUGCUGUAUUAGUUUUUCAGAUUGACCAAAGAGUUAAAAUUAUAGAGUUGUUUGACCAGAACACCGUCCUCCACAAGUUGACUUUGUUUAAUAAUUAAGUGGCAUGUGAAGAGAAAAGUUGCACUCAGAGUAAUAGAGCUGAUGAAUAACUAACUUUUUUUUUCUUUAUUUGUAAAAACUUAAAAUCAAAUUAUUAUUUUCCUUCUACUUCACAAUUCGAACUUCGUGAUGGACUACCAGAUAAAGUCAUAAGAAAAUCCUUUCAAGUUUCUUGUUCAUGUGACAACAUAUGGAAAGGUUCAUGCAUAUGAAUUGUUUUUUGCAAGAGAUUGUCUGUUUCUCAACCUGUAGUCAAAAGAAAAGGUUUUCAGAUGGAUCUACGCUGCAGAUCAAUCCAGGAAGGAUUCUGAUGCUGUUCCACCUUCGAUAAUUCGGGGUCUGUAGCACUUAGACAUUAGCAUACAUGACUGUGAAUUUAUCAUGUUCCUCUUCUAGAUUUUCUAAACUUCACACGACUGUGGAGAUCCAUUCUCAAAAAGUAAAUUAUAGUUUAUGAAACUUUGUUUUUUUCUAAUUUACUUCAAGCUGCUUCUUUUGGGACGGUUGUGAUGAGACUGUGUUAUUUUCAAAAGUUGGCGUCGUGUAAGCCGUCACUUCGGUCGUUUUUGCGGACGUUGUUUUAUCAUGUAAACUGUGACCUAAAUUGGUUCAUAAAGUCAGUUAUUAUUACUAUUCAGGCGUAGUGGAGCAAGUGACUGUGCCUUGUGUUAUAUGUCUCCUGCCUGCUAAUAAAGCCCACCAAUGCGAGCAAAGUUGCUUUUUAAUAUUUCAAAUCAAUCAAAAGAACAGUGUUAUAACAGACUGGCUAGUGUUAUUUUGGGGUAGUAGUUGUUGCACAGUGGUGAAAAUAUGUAAAUUUCUUGACAGGUCCUGAAAAUAUAUGACAACCUGACUUAGCUGAUGAUCAAAUUGUGCUUCAUAGAGUGUUAAAUAUACAGUAAAGGCAAUUCUAAAACGUUAUUUACCAAAGCUACCACUUCUCCCUACACCCUUUAAAUGAAAAGUAAAUAGCCAGUAGUGUGAUGGGAGUGCUAAGUUAUGAAGUUGCCCAGGCAGCACUUUCUCUCCCACUAAUUGGUAUUUAGAAGCAAACUGCCUUUAGCUCACUUUUUCAUUAGCAACGUUAGCUCCAAAAUUACCCAUUCUGCAUAUUUAUUAAAAAUAUAUAGCUUAAAUUAAGAAUACCUUUUUAUACAUUAUUCAGUUUGAGAUUUUGGCUAGCUUAAGCAUUACAUUUCUAGCCCUGGUGAUUAUGUUUCAAAGUUCAACUUGGGUUUUACCGAGAGUCAGCAUCUCAAAAACUCCCUCUCCUUUAAAUAACUCGAGAAAGUCCUUGGAAUGUCCUUGAAUGUGGAUAUAAUACAUCUCUCUUCCAUGACUUGGUUUUACAUUCCCAGGUCUUUAUUCAUACUGCACAACGGUCCUGGUCACAGCCCAUGCCCAACAUACUGCACCCUCCAUCAUUACUGAGUUACCAGGCUGCCUGGAAUGCAUAUCCUGUCCCAUCCUGUCCUGUCCUGACCUGAAAUUCCAGCUUUGCUCUUCAUUAUCUGCUGGAUGAAGUCAAGAUGAGCUAUGCAAAUGCCUUGUCAUUGUUGCGGAUUUUUGAAGUAAGAGGUCCCCCUGCUGGCCCGUAGGAGAACAUACAGUGAGCGGUUUUAUCUUGGAAAAUUUCUCCGUCUGUUACACAACAUGGUCUCCUCAUCCUGCCACCUGUUCCCUCCUGUUUUAUACUCAGAUGCAGAUUAUUCUUUUACCACAUAAAAAUAGCAGCGAAAGACAUGAAGUUUGUUAUAUUUAAUGACAUCCAGCUCAUUGUAUCCUUCAGAAACAACUUGAUUCUUGUUAAUAAUGAACAUGAAAACGGUGCGUGGCAUUAGACUAUUAAUUUAUGGUUCUAAACUGUUCAGUUCUACUGACUGUUGCUUUUUUUUUUACACAAAUGUUAAUACCCUUUGUUAUUUUAUUAUUGAUUUAAGAAAAUAACAUUAAAAAAAACCUCAAUGAUGUUUUUAUUAAAAUUGUUAACAUUUAAAAAUCUUUUUGUACCAUGUACAUGUUCAGCUUAAAAUCGUUUUUUAAAAGUCAUGUUUUGCUCUAGAGUUCACUGCUGUCAUAAGCCUGAAAUAUGCGCAAAUUUUCUGAAAGGUGUGUAGUCAUUUCUUACAGUUUUUUGUGUGCAAGUAGAAGCUGAUGUUUAGUGCAGUAGGUUGAUGGUUUUGUGGACGUGGUCUUGUGUUAGAAGCCAAAAAGAAUGCGGUUCUGUUUAGUGAAUCGUGUGCCACCUGUUUGCAGCUUCUUCUUGUUGUUUUCUUCUUUGGAUUAGGUGGAAAUAAGAGGAAGGAGUUCCUGUGCCUUAGACUUUACACAUGACAGCAGUUACAUCAUGCACAGAUUUAAAGGCUUUGACUUGCACACGAUAUGAUACAAACUCAAAACAGUAUGUGUGUGUGUGUGUGCGCGUGUGUGAGUUUGGGUUGAUGACCAGCCACACAUCAUGUACUUUUCUUUUCUGGAAGUUUUUAUAUCUUUUUUUUUUUUUUUUUUAAAGAUC